CGUCUGGGACUGGGUGCAGUCGUCCAGGCGUGACAGGGGCGCCGGGAGCCAGCGACUCCUCUGGGAGGGGAAGAGAUUAGGGCCAGAAUCUCGCAAAACUGCAAAAAUCAAAUUAAGAGAGGGUUUUCGGGUAUACCACAGAGGAUUAAAAUUUUCAAGACAGACGCAAUCUUUGCCUAACAGCAAUGGUGCCGCCGCCGGACGGGACUCUAAGAUGAAGUUAUGGGAUGUCGUGGCUGUCUGCCUGGUGCUGCUCCACACCGCGUCCGCCUUCCCGCUGCCCGCCGGUAAGAGGCCUCCCGAGGCGCCCGCCGAAGACCGCUCCCUUGGCCGCCGCCGCGCGCCCUUCGCGCCGAUCAGUGACUCAAAUAUGCCAGAGGAUUAUCCUGAUCAGUUUGAUGAUGUCAUGGAUUUCAUUCAAGCCACCAUUAAAAGACUGAAAAGGUCACCAGAUAAACAAAUGGCAGUGCUUCCUAGAAGAGAGCGGCAUCGGCAGGCUGCAGCUGCCAACCCGGAGAAUUCCAGAGGAAAAGGUCGGAGAGGCCAGAAGGGCAAAAAUCGGGGUUGUGUCUUAACUGCAAUACAUUUAAAUGUCACUGACUUGGGUUUGGGCUACGAAACCAAGGAGGAACUUAUUUUUAGAUACUGCAGCGGCUCUUGCGAUGCAGCUGAGACAAUGUAUGAUAAAAUAUUAAAAAACUUAUCCAGAAAUAGAAGGCUGGUGAGUGACAAAGUAGGGCAGGCAUGUUGCAGACCCAUUGCCUUCGAUGACGACCUGUCAUUUUUAGAUGAUAACCUGGUUUACCAUAUUCUAAGAAAGCAUUCCGCUAAAAGAUGUGGAUGUAUCUGACUCCGGCUCCAGAGACUGCUGUGUAUUGCAUUCCUGCUACAGUGCAAAGAAAGGGACCAAGGUUCCCAGGAAAUGUUUGCCCAGAAUGGAAGAUGAGGACCAAGGAGGCAGAGGCUGAGGAGAAGGAGGAGGAGAAAGAGGAGGAGGAGGAAGGCAGCCAUCGUGGGAGCCUGGUAGGGGGAGAUCCAGCUACAGAAAACUGGACAGGAGAGAGAUAAAACGGCCGUCUGCAUUCUCCAGGACGGCAGCCGAUGUCACCAGAAGCUCAGGGCUGAUGUUCCUGGUUGGCUGUUGCCACCAUUUCAGCUGAUACAGUCCACCGUCACCGAUCACGGGCGCAGUUGCGGAUGCACUCGAAGAACCAAACCAGUGUAUCUUCUGUGGUUUGUUUUCACAUGUCUGAAGACACCAGGGAAACGGUAAUCUUGGUGUCACUCCUUGUCAUUACGUUUUACUGCUGAAAGUAAGAAAGGUUAUAUUUCUGUCACUCAGGGGAGACAUACCCCGGAAAGGAGAGGAAAAGGAAAAAAAAAAAAAAAAAA